ACUGGCAUUAUAGGAACUCGAAAGUUUAUUACCCUAAAUACCAAAUUCCGCAAUUGUUCCCGUCCCUGAGCGCGAUCCUUCCAUUCGUGGUCUUCGUAUCCUAUUUCUUUCAGGUCUCUUCUAAUAUUACCCUCCCAUCUACGUCUCGGUCUACCUAGUGGUGUCUUUUCCCUUCUGGUUUGGUAUACCGACCAAUAUUUUGUGCGCCGUUCGAUCCUCCCCCAUGCACCGUGCCACGUGACCAGCGGUUUUGUCGAUGAACACAGGUUUGUUGCAAGGAUAUCAAAAUGUACGGAAAUUCAAUUUCAUGGGAAAUCUACACAUUGUUGCAGAAUUUGAUGCAGCUCCAUCUUACUGCAUUAAUUGUCAUUGCAGAGCCAGAGAUUUCUGGCGCGAUCAACGUUGUUUUAUUAGCGUCAGACUUGCGCGACAUUCGGUACGGUUGUUUGGUUUUGUCUCACACAUAUAAUCUAUUUUAUAUAUAAUAGAAUAUAUAAUAUCGUGUGUAAAAUAUUUUGAGAAUAUUUUCUAAUAUAAUAGAAUCAUUGAAAUGAUAAACAAAAAUGUUACGAGUAUCAACGCAGUGUUAGAUUUUGUCAAUUGGCAUAUUAUUUGAUAACAGAUGAGGAAAAAAACCGCGUGAAAUAUUAGGUGUGUUCUUUCCUCUCACCUGUUCUGUUAUUCACUGGUUACUUUUAUUAUCAAAGAUAAGAUAUCUCGAUUAGUUUAACGAUGUGAGGUUCCAGAGAUACGUUUUUAAGAACAGCAUCCUCAACAUGGUCGAAUACGUAACCGUACUGAUGAUAUUUUUCUUCAUUUUUAAUUUAAUAAAAUUGACGAGUGGUCAAAAUCUUUGGUGUUACGAUUGCAAUACCGAUUUAAAAAAUGGUCCACAAAAUGAGUGCAACGAUCCUUACAUUCCAGGACCUUCUAUGGAUUUGAUAGCCUGUCCUCGAAACGAAUCUUAUCAUUGUCUCAAAGCUGUUGUACUGUAUAAAAACGUUCUAGUAACGAUAAGAGCCUGCGUACCAAGUCGUAAAAUAGAUCAUUAUUGCGAUCAUGAAAAACAUUUUCCAAAUUCUAUCAACGAGUGUUACUUUUGCAACAACUAUGCUUGUAAUGGUCAUCCAUCGAUGAAACCUGACAGUAUUUAUACAUUAGGAAUGAUCGUUUUAAUGGUAUUGAGUUACAUUAUAUAAUGCAAAGUUGAGACCUUAA